UGGAAAACGGCGCUUCGCCUUCGCGCUGCGCUUCCUCGCCUGCGUCCUGCAUUGCACGGUUGCGUUGGUCGUGUUGUUGCGUGCUGCGUGAUCUGCACGGAACGUAAAGCCAGUCACCCUGUGCAUGUCACGCCUCUUUUUUACUCGUGCUCUGCAUUUCAAGCGAGUCGUGCAAACCGGCAAAGCAUAUUCAAGGGACACUCAAAGUCAAAACCAGCCGUGAUUUGGAAAUGCUGCGUUACGCCAGAAGGAAAUUUUAUGUUAACGUCUUCCGAGCGUCUUCCCGUUUCCAGUCGUCGGCAGCUGCGGCAGCGAAGCCCGUCUCUUCUCCUGACAUCAAGUACACUCAGAUUUUGAUUAACAACGAGUGGCACAACUCUGUAUCUGGCAAGACUUUCCCUACAGUUAACCCUACGACAGGAGAUGUCAUAGUCAAUGUCCAGGAGGCGGACGAAGCAGACGUAGAGAAAGCAGUGAAAGCGGCUCAAGAUGCUUUCAGGCUGGGAUCGCCAUGGCGAUCCAUGGAUGCAUCAGACAGAGGAGUGCUGCUCAACAGGCUGGCCGAUCUCACCGAGAGAGACAAAGCGUACAUCGCUAGCCUGGAAACACUGGACAAUGGCAAGCCAUUCUUAGAUGCUUAUAAUGUUGACCUGAAUUUCGUAAUCAAAUGUUUCAGAUACUAUGCUGGGUUCGCCGACAAGAAUCACGGAAAGACCAUUCCGAUUGACGGAAACUUUUUUGCUUUCACGCGCCAUGAGCCAGUCGGAGUCUGUGGACAAAUUAUUCCCUGGAACUUCCCAGCCAUGAUGCAAGCAUUUAAAUUGGCACCAGCAUUAGCCAUGGGAAACACGGUAGUCAUGAAGCCCGCAGAACAGACUCCACUGACUGCACUCUACAUCGGACAACUAUGCAUAGAGGCCGGCUUCCCUCCGGGUGUGGUGAAUUUGGUUCCCGGACAUGGACCCACUGCUGGCCAGGCCAUAGCUAAUCACAUGGCUGUUGACAAGCUGGCUUUCACAGGCUCCACAGAGGUUGGGAAACUGGUGAUGGCAGCGGCAGCUCGAAGCAAUCUCAAGAAGGUGACACUGGAGCUUGGAGGGAAAAGCCCCAACAUCAUCUUUAAAGAUGCUGAUUUGGAUGAUGCGAUUGAGGCUGCACACUCUGGCAUCUUCUUCAACCAGGGCCAGUGUUGCUGUUCUGGGUCUCGCAUCUUCGUCGAAGCAUCCAUCUACGAUCGCUUUGUAGAACGCAGCGUGCAACUCGCCAAGGCUCGAGUCUUGGGUGACCCCUUUGAGCCAACAACCACCCAGGGACCACAGGUCGAUCAAGACCAACUCAACAAGAUCACGCAGCUCAUUGAAUCCGGAAAGACAGAGGGGGCCAAGCUACUGUGUGGAGGGAAGCGACACGGCUCGCGUGGCUACUUUGUUGAGCCCACUGUCUUUGCUGAAGUGAAGGACGGUAUGCGUAUCGCCAGGGAAGAGAUAUUUGGCCCAGUGAUGCAGAUUCUGAAGUUUGACAAUGUCGACGAACUUAUUGAGCGUGCCAACAGCACAGAGUAUGGCUUGGCAGCCGGCGUGUUCACCAGGGAUGUGGAGAAGGCGCUAUAUUUUGCCAGUAGCCUUAAAGCGGGAACUGUUUGGGUCAACUGCUACUAUGUGUUUGGGUCCCAAAUUCCCUUUGGGGGUUACAAGAUGUCAGGCAUCGGUCGAGAGCUCGGUGAAUACGGACUGGAAGCGUAUACGGAAGUCAAAGCAAUAAAGCCUCUGUUGGAAACGAAAAGAAGAACGAAGAGAAGAAGUGACGGAAGACUUGACACGUGAAACAGCGGUAAAGCUACGCCAUCUCUUAUGCGAGAGAAGAGGAUUGGAAAGUGCCUGCCCUCCGCGUCCUCCUAUUGGCCCGCAUCAAGGAGGCGGAGCCUCCCUCGCUGUUGGUCAGCAAACGCAAUGAUAGUCCUGCAGUCUGAUAUGAAUGUGCGUCAUGCAGCAAGAAGCAACACUUUAGCUGGAUCAGCAUCUGUGACACACCGAACAAAAGUAAGACUGCCAAAACUAGAGCUGGUGAAGUUUAACGGACAGAGAAGCACUUUGCAGCAAUAUUGGGAGCAGUUCAAGGUGAUGGUGCACAAAAAUGAGAACCUAACGGAUGUAGACAAUUAAUGACAAUGUAGACAAUUAUCUGAAAAGAUGUGUAACGGAUGACACUGCGGCAGCGAUACAGGGUUUGCCUUUUACGUCAAGGUGUUAUAAUGACAACAUCAACCCCCUGAAACGGAGUUUCAAAGAUUAGGAAUUGAUCGUCCAGUCACACAUGAGGCACCUCAUCGACUUGCAUCCUGUUCGCCGUUCUGAUGAUGUCAAGGGUCUUCGACGCCUCUACGAUGAUGUGAUGGCGCACGUCAGAGGACUUGAAACUCUGGGAAGGAAGCUGGAAACCUUCAGUAGCAUGUUAUUUCCUGUGGCACAGCGGGCGUUGCCAAGAGAUCUUCUAUUGGACUUCAACAAGUGGAUCGUGGAAGAGCCUCUAGGCGUCCCAGCAGAGUCAAGGAAGAACAAUCCACAAGCAGAUGACCGUCCACUUCCACCUCCAGCUCCACUACCUUUGUUCACAAAGCUGCUAGACUUCUUAAGGACUGAAGUUCACAGCCGUGAACACUUGGAGGCCAUGCAGUCAUGCACUAGCGGAAAGACUACGGUGUCGGAUAAUCGAGACGUGACUAAUUCAAUGUUAAUUUGAAAUGGACACAGCUGUCUAAAAUCUGUGGAGGAGCAGGUCCCCAUCGGCAGUGUGCAUGAUGGAACCAUACCAGUACGGUCUCCAGGGGAAGGCCGCCACCUGUCAGGAGAGGUAAUCGUCGAAUACUCGGCAGCUUCUGCUAGCGAGCAGCAGGCGCGGCCUCCACUCAGGGAGGGUAUGGGUAUAAUGUUCGUGAGGAACUAAUUUCUCUUUUUCUGGCGCUCUUUUCUUCGCGAAUUUAAAGUUCUAAUGGCAGAAGAAUACGAGAACAAAAUACAUAAGAAAUAAGGCCCAGGACAUAAAGACAACUUAUUUACGCGGCUUAUUGCUUAUUACACUGCAUUGCCUCAUAAGUAGGGCCUGGAAUUUUAAGCAUUUGCCUAAAAAUGCCUAUAAACACCUAAAUGCAACAUUUUCAGGGUUGCUUGCGUUUUUAUCGAGUCUAUUGAAUUGUAGCCGUUUUGAACAUUUUUAGAUGCGAUAACGACCUUUUUUUUAGAGGUGCAAGGGCGAGUGCGCCUUUCAAGCUCAUGCUGAGUGCAGCAUUUUGCUUUUCGUUUCUGCGUGUUUGCACCUUUUUUCGUUUGGUUUCCUUCAGUAUUUUGGUUUGCUAGAAGGGGUUCAUGUAUAUUUGAUCAAAAUAUUUGGCCUUUCGAGAGCUUUGAGGGCGGAAAACGAAAAGUAGUACUCAGUAUCACAUGGUUCUAGGCCGCCUCAGCAUUUGUAUGCCAAGUAGUCAAAGCAUGUGUGGUGCCGUAGCCUUUUUUACCUGGGUGGAGCAUUCUGAAGCACCAACAAAGUCAAAGACAUGCACAGAAGCAUCAACCUAUCUUCAUAGUCUGGGAGCUUAUCGUACUUCAUUGCGUAGCAUUCAUAACGUUUGUGGUGUGGUACACUACUUUAUUUAAAGUUUUUUUGUCUCCGGUAAUACUCCAACUGUACAUUGCCAAAGAUUGACAGUUAUUGCCUAUUCUGCUGUUUUGUGAGGGCCUAAUCGCCUGCCUAUUCCCAUCGUUUUUAGUGCCUAAAUUUCCGGGCCCUACUCAUAAGACGUUCAGUUCUAAUCCAUUGCAGGUGGAGAUAGUAGUCCAGACUUCGUGAAUACUGCACGGAUGUCUGUGUCCCAUGAUCCCAGUUCCUUGUAGGCCUGGAUCAUCUAGCCAGCGUGUAUGGCUUUAAGCAGAUUGGGCCUUCGUAAAAGUUACCGAAUCACUAUGAAGUGCCAAUCGUACCUGCUCUGCGUACAAGAUACAGCCGAGUAAGGACCCCGUAAUAGCGUCCCUCUGAGUCGGAAGGGCUCAGAAGGAAGCUAAAGGGAAUGGGUUACUGCCCAGUUGUGAUACCUUUUGUUAACUUCCUCCCCUAAGGAGGGCCCCUAAGACACCUGGCGCAGAGUCGAUGCACCACGCUACUGCGGAUGUAAGGUCCCGGUAAUUAUUGCCUGAUCCUGGCUCCUCACAGAUUCACGAAUUAUUUAACCAAUUAUAUACAGUAGUUCCCUCGUGCACGACACUGCCGACAGGGACUGUUCUGCCAUGUGCUGGAGAUUUUAGACAGCAGUGUCCAAAAACAGUACUUCAAGUUAACGAGGUUUCACUGUGCAUACAGAAUGUUUCGAUGGUAACCAGAAUACAGGCUGUUUUACGAAAAAUGAGCCAAAUUUUUAGAAACUGGUUUACCGCACACCAAAAAGAGA